AAAGUGUAAUAGUUUAGUUUCGCGUAAGUGCAGUGCUCGUUUUUUUAUCUCAAUUCGCUUAAAAUACCGUUAAUAUUCGCUAUCGCUAUCAUGUCUGGGAUAACGAAGAACUUCAAGAAGACGCCCGUUUUCGUCGUCGAGUCUCACAAUGAGAUACUGCCUUUUAUCUAUCGCUGCAUUGGAUCCAAGCAUUUGUUGUUUGAGGGAAAUACUUUUAUACAUUUGGACUCUCAUCCAGACAUGUUGGUGCCAAAAGACAUGGAUGCUAAUACUGUAUGGAAGAAAGAAGAAUUGUUUUCGUAAGUUGAAUUUGAAAGUUUUCAAAUGGAA